UCGCAGAACAGCCCCGCCCCUCCUCCACCGGACCUCUGCCUCCUCUACUCGCCGGACAUUAGCACUCAUCAGCGGCCAUGGCCCGGAGGUUCUUCGUGGGAGGAAACUGGAAGAUGAACGGCGACAAGGAGAGUUUAGAGGCGCUCAUCGGCAGCCUGAAUGCCGCCAACCUGCACGACGACACCGAGGUGGUUUGCGCGGCCCCUUCCGUCUACCUGAACUUUGUUCGCUCCCAUCUGGACCCCCGCAUCAGCGUUGCGGCCCAGAACUGCUACAAGGUAGCCAAGGGAGCGUUUACAGGGGAGAUCAGCCCGGCCAUGAUCAAGGACUGCGGUGCGGACUGGGUACUUCUGGGACAUUCGGAGCGCCGCCACGUGUUUGGUGAAAGCGACGAGCUGAUUGGCCAAAAGGUGGCUCACGCUCUGCAAAGUGGCCUUUGCAUGAUCGCAUGCAUCGGGGAGACACUGGAAGAGCGCGAGAGCGGCACCACCGAAGACGUCGUGUACGCUCAGACGCAAGCCAUCGCAGACAAUGUGACGGACUGGGCCAAAGUUGUUUUAGCCUAUGAGCCCGUGUGGGCCAUCGGCACGGGCAGGACGGCCUCACCUGAGCAGGCUCAGGAGGUCCACGAGAAACUCAGGGCGUGGCUCAGAGCCAACGUGGCAGACGAUGUGGCCGACUCGGUGCGCAUCAUCUAUGGAGGUUCCGUCACGGCAGCCAACUGCAGAGAGUUGGCGUCUCAGGAGGAUGUGGACGGCUUCCUGGUGGGCGGCGCCUCGCUGAAGCUGGAGUUUGUUGACAUCGUCAACGCGCGCGCUUGAGAGAAACGAGACCUUCGCCAAGGCUCAAGUUUAUGGAGGGCUCCUUAAGAGGCGCUCGAUAGGCUUCCUUAAUGAACAUGUUAGAAAUGUUUAAGUAGAUCACUACACAUUGAUGUAAUCACACUGCAUUUAGCUACAAAGACUGAUCGCGAUGCUAUUUUGUCAUUAAAGGCCUACUGAAAUGAAAUCUUUUUAUUUAAACGGGGGUAGCAGAUCCAUUCUAU